UUUCCCACCAAACCCACCUCCUACUAUUCCCCACCAAACUGAAACACUAGCCACUAAGCUCCCUCUCUUUUCAAAAAUAAAAAAAAUAUAAAAAAAUCCCAGCAAAAGUUAUUUGUAUCUUUUGGGUGUUUAGCACUUAGAAUCGAAUCCAACAAAUGGCUAAUUCACUCCAAACUUCUUCAUCCACCACCACUGCUCGUCUAAGCCUCAGAUCCCCGUCAUCUGAUUCGGGUUUGGAUUCGGGUCUCAGAUCCAUAUCAUUUCCUCUCAAGUCAUUGAAAUUGUUGACAAGACAAGUAGUAAUAAAACAAGCGAAUAAAAGUAGAAGAACAACAGAGUUAGUAGUAAAAGCAAUGGAAGUAGAUAUCUCUCUAAGCCCAAGAGUAAAUUCGGUCAAGCCUUCCAAAACGGUGGCCAUAACCGACCAGGCCACAGCUCUCGUACAAGCUGGUGUCCCUGUUAUUCGCUUAGCUGCUGGUGAACCCGAUUUCGAUACUCCUGCUCCUAUUGCUGAGGCUGGGAAAAAUGCGAUUCGUGAAGGAUACACGAGGUACACUCCCAAUGCGGGGACUGUAGAAAUCCGCCAAGCCAUUUGUAAUAAACUCAAGGAGGAGAAUGGGAUCUCAUACACGCCCGAUCAGAUUUUGGUUAGCAAUGGAGCCAAGCAGAGUAUUGUACAAGCAGUCAUGGCAGUUUGUUCUCCCGGAGAUGAGGUUAUAAUUCCAGCUCCAUUUUGGGUGAGUUACCCAGAAAUGGCAAGGCUGGCUGAUGCAAAACCUGUGAUUCUUCCAACGCACAUCUCCGAAAAUUUUCUUUUGGAUCCAAAGGUCCUUGAAUCCAAACUGACCGAAAAGUCAAGACUGCUUAUUCUUUGUUCUCCAUCCAACCCAACAGGAUCUGUUUAUCCCAAGAGAUUGCUGGAAGAGAUUGCUCAAGUCGUAGCAAAGCAUCCCCGGCUUCUGGUGUUGUCUGAUGAAAUUUAUGAACACAUAAUUUAUGCUCCAGCAACUCACACAAGCUUCGCUUCUUUGCCAGGCAUGUGGGAGAGGACUUUGACAGUCAAUGGAUUUUCUAAGGCCUUUGCGAUGACUGGUUGGAGACUUGGUUAUCUUGCUGGUCCAAAACACUUUGUGUCGGCAUGCGGAAAAAUCCAGAGUCAGUUCACUUCAGGUGCUAGUAGUAUAGCACAGAAAGCAGGAGUUGCUGCGCUAGGACUGGGAUAUGCUGGUGGGGAAGCUGUUUCUAUCAUGGUAAAAGCAUUCAGGGAGCGGCGUGAUUUCUUGGUUAAAAGCUUUGGAGAAUUGGAAGGUGUUAAGAUAUCAGAACCCAAGGGAGCUUUCUAUCUCUUCAUCGAUUUCAGCUCUUACUAUGGAACUGAGGCUGAAGGAUUUGGUAAAAUUGAGAAUUCAGAGUCCCUCUGCCGAUAUUUGCUGGAUGAGGGUCAGGUUGCGCUAGUCCCAGGGGAUGCAUUUGGGGAUGACAGCUGCAUCCGUAUUUCUUAUGCAGCGUCCCUCACAACCCUUCAGGCAGCUGUGGAGAGAAUUAAGAAAGCACUUCUCCUUCUCAGGCGAGCUGUCCCUGUUUGAUGUAGAUAAUUACUCUACUACUAAGGCAAAAUAUUAUGAUUUCGUUGUUCCUUUCUUAGCUUCCAAAAUGUUUAUUGCAAUAAUUAGUUUGGGAAAAAGGAUGACACGUUGGUCAUCUUGCGGUUCAUUUGCCUUGUUUUCCCCUGCUGGAGUUUGUAUUUGAUGGUAAAAGUGCAAACGAGGAUAAACUUGGACAUUGGCUUUGCAUGACGUUUUCAGUGAUGUAUCAAAUGUUUAUAGUAUGUGCAACUGAAGAGCAAUUGAAUAAUUCAGGUUGUGUGGCAUUUCCAUCA